GUCCGGGUCGCUGCCCGGGUCCUCGGGGGCUGGGAUCCCGGCGAGCUGCUCUCACCCCUUCCCCUGCGGGGCGGGAGAGGUGAAGUGAUCGUGACGGGGUGGGGGAAACACGACCGCACCGACGGCCCCGCGGGCCACCUCUACCUCGGGCUUCCGCCCUCAGUGACCUUAGUGCUGGGGUGGGGGUUGGCGAACGCCCUCCUUCUGGAACGAUUACUUUAGUCCCUCGUGCUUUGCGGGAACCUGAAGACCCAGCAGGGUUCGCCAAGUAAGGCUGGCGGUGGGAGCACCCCUCGCCCAGAACUGAAGAACACACGUCCCCAGGCGCCCUCGCCUCCAUCUGCUGUACUGGCCCGAGGACCCCAUGAGCCUCCUGCGAUUGAGGGAGAAUCUACAAUUCUCUAGAAUUGAGGGGUGGAGAUCCGUCCUGUAUGGGACUGGGGGUGUAGAGAGCGGGACUGAGUCGUGCGCUACAAGAUCAUAGUCAACAUAUUGAAUAUUACGGUGUUUACUCCCUUCUCUCAUUUACUACGGUAUUCCCAUGACAUUGGGGAGAACAAGAUGAAACUCAUCAUCCUGGACCACUACUCGCAGGCCAGCGAGUGGGCCGCCAAGUACAUCAGGAACCGAAUCAUCCAGUUUAACCCAGGCCCAGACAAGUACUUCACCCUGGGGCUCCCCACCGGGAGCACCCCACUUGGCUCCUAUAAGAAGCUGAUUGAGUACUACAAGAAUGGGGACCUGUCCUUUAAAUAUGUGAAGACCUUCAACAUGGAUGAGUAUGUGGGCCUUCCUCGAGACCACCCGGAGAGUUACCACUCCUUCAUGUGGAACAACUUCUUCAAACACAUUGACAUCCACCCAGAAAAUACCCACAUUCUGGAUGGGAAUGCAGCUGACCUGCAGGCUGAGUGCAAUGCCUUUGAGGAGAAGAUCAAGGCUGCCGGUGGGAUCGAGCUGUUUGUUGGAGGCAUCGGCCCUGAUGGACACAUUGCCUUCAAUGAGCCAGGCUCCAGUCUGGUGUCCAGGACCCGAGUGAAAACGCUGGCCAUGGACACCAUCCUGGCCAAUGCUAGGUUUUUUGACGGUGAUCUUGCCAAGGUUCCCACCAUGGCCCUGACGGUGGGUGUGGGCACUGUCAUGGACGCUAGAGAGGUGAUGAUCCUUAUCACAGGUGCUCAUAAGGCAUUUGCUCUGUACAAGGCCAUCGAGGAGGGGGUGAACCACAUGUGGACGGUGUCUGCCUUCCAGCAGCAUCCCUGCACUGUGUUUGUGUGUGAUGAGGAUGCCACCCUGGAGCUGAAAGUGAAGACCGUCAAGUAUUUCAAAGGUUUGAUGCUUGUCCAUAACAAGUUGGUGGACCCCCUAUACAGUAUGAAAGAAAUUGAGAAAAGCCAGUCUUCUAAGAAACCAUACAGUGAUUAGUCUGUGCUGGGACUUAGUAUUGGGUACCUCGCAGAAACAGGCAGGCCUUUCUGGAAGUUGUCUUUAUUGGACAAGAAUUGUCUUUCUUUAAUCCAGUAUGGUUACUGCAGAUAAGUGGGUUUUCCCAGUUGUGAGACAGGAAGCCUAGUCAUGCAGUUAAGCUAGUGGGAGAAUGACUUACAAUUUAAUCAGAAAAAAAUCUCUGAAAAGUGUACUCCAUUAUUUUGAUGUCUGCCACACCCAAGUUAGGGCUCUUAGCUUUUGUCUGUCUCAGCCACUGUUCACAUGUACAACACACUCCCAUCAGGAAUUUCCACCCUUAGGUGCACUUACUCUCAAGUGGUUGGGAAGUAGGGGCUUGUAUAUUUUAGAUACAGCACUACUGGAGAGUCUUGAGAGUUCCCCUUGAGCAGGCCUCCCCUUAUCUGAGAAUCCCUGUUUCAGAAUAAGGAACAGACUCCCUCACUACCUAAGUUACAUACAAGGAGCAAGGAAGCAGCAUCUCUGGUCAGUACCAGGUACUGUGGAAAGAAAACUCUCCCGGGGGAAGGUAAUAAGGGACAGUUUUUUCUGCUCUCAUAGCUGGCCCUUCUGUGAACUGCCAGGACUCCCCGUGGGAGGAUUUGGUGAAUGGGGUUAAAGAGGUGAUUUUUGCUGGUAAACCCAAGCCCCAGGGACCCAGCCAUGACAAGCUUCUCUCCCACAGGGACCUGUGAGGAAAAAGGUGGAAACCCUUUUCCCACUGGAGCCCUGUGUUUUUGUCAAAGGCCUCUUAUGUUCUCAUCAGUAAGGAAGAGGCCCACCGGGGCAUCAGACCCUUGCAGUUUCAGCGUGUCUGGCCAAGGUGAUGCACUGGCCAGCAGCUCAGAUUGAAUUUAGUCACGGCAUACAGUAUAGUGCUUUGACUUCCUGCCUCCCUAAAAGUUGAGUGCCAAGACCACACACCGGAUGCUUCUGUACUGUUUAUCCACUUAAACACUCUGCUCCCAUAACACACUCAGGUUCCUGUGGUGUGGACUGCGGUUCUCAGGACGUUGAGAAACACAGCCCUUUGGUGUAUCCUGCGCCUCUCCUUCCCAAGAUGGGCUGUUCCUUUGCCUUUCCUUAUGCCCUGUAAGGCCUCAUGGAGUGGCUGCUGCCUCCGAUUCCUGUUUUUGUGCCUGUUGGAUGCAACUGUUGCCUAUUUCUGGGAAAGAUUUUUCAGAGCCUGCUCAGGCCUCUCUGAGAGCUGUUUGCUACCAGCAUUUUGUCUUUAGCUUUUACACGUGAUUGUGCUGUCAUUCUGUGUUAAGCUAAUGGAUCAAUAGACUUGUUUAUAAUGUGAUUUUUCUAUUAAAUCCAGUAUUUUUAAAAAAA